AUGAAUUAUAUGAUAAUCGUCUCCCAAAUUCAAAAAGAAGCUUCUUCCACUGGACCUUCUCAUGCAGAGUCUACCCCGCAAGUUAUCAAUAAAACUAGCUUGCAAAAUAUGAAUGAAACUCUCACUCCUGCUACGUUUUUUGCAAACGAAACAAACACUUCUCUUAUUAACAAUAAUAUACCUGCUGAACCUACACACUCUGAUACACCUAUUAUUCAAGGCGAAAAAUCUGAUACUAAUAGAAAGCAUUUAAGACCACUUCUACUUGCAAAAAAAUAA